AUGACAAUUUCACCCACUUUCACGACCUGGCUCCUAGCCGCAACAAUCCAACACCUGAUCCCAACAACCCUUAUCCUGACAACACCCAAACGCGCACCAAUACGCUAUAUCGCCAUAAUUUUCAUGAUCUGGCUCGCCAGCCUGUUCAUAGAACCCAUUACUGCCCCUAGCCCGGCUCGAGUAACGGUCAUCUCCUUGGUAGUCGUGGCCAUACCCCAAGCGGUCAACCUACUACUGAUCAACCCCCUGGAUGACGACGAGCUCUGUCGUGAACAGCCACGACGCGCAAUAUUUCUAUCCGAUCGAAUCUGGUCGGCGCUUUCGGCUGUUAGCCAGUCCCGAGCUAUUGGGACGUCUAGGCAGGUUAAGAAUGUGCCUCCCCAGCCAGCUUAUUUUGGCUGCGGCGAGAAAAUCCCACGUGGAAUGUUUCUGAUGCGUCAGGGACUUGUCCUGGUGUGGCAGUAUCUUGCAUGCGAUAUCGUCCAGGCCCUUGCUAGACAACAGGGAUUGAAACAGGAAGGGGUUCUGGUCUUUGAGCCGAUUCAGUGGCAAGUCCCGCUUGAUGUCUGGGUUGGGCGUGGUGUUCAGCAUUUGAUUACUUGGUUUGUGGUUAUGCGGUUGGCUAUUGAUUCCUGUUACCGUGUUGCAUCGAUUGUGUUGGUUGGGUUGGGGUUGGAUGAGCCCGAGCAUUGGCCGCCAGUUUUUGGACGGAUGCUUGAUGCGUUUACGUUGAGGAAUUUCUGGGGGAAAUUCUGGCAUCAAUUCUUGCGCCAGCCGUUUACGGCUGUUAGCAGUUUCGUUGCGCGUGAUGUGCUACAUUUUUCCAGGCCAUCUAUCUUGGAGCAGUAUACGAAUAUCUUCUUCGUCUUUCUCCUUUCGGGUGUUUUGCACCUUAUGGCAAAUUUAGUGGACGGGGUCCCAGUUGAGCGUUCUGGAGCGAUGCCUUUCUUCCUUUCUAUGGUGCUUGGUAUUAUGAUUGAAGAUGGGUUCCAAGCUUUUUGGACCCGGGUACACCCCGCAGCUGAUAGCACUGAAGAUACCACACCGUGGUGGAAGAGAGUUGUCGGACUGGCCUGGGUAUUUCUUUGGUUGGGUGUUACUUCGACGUGGUAUCUUCACCCGUUGUCGCAGUUGCCGAAGGAUGAAAUUACAAUGGUGCCGUUCAGCGUUGUUGAAAGAUUUGGUUUGAAGCUGAUCGGAGGAGUUGUCUUGGCUGGUGGUGCUGUUCUAAGCCUUAUGUUAAGGUGUGAGGUCUAA